AUGUCUUCAGAACCGGUAUUCGUCCUUCCGGGCGAUCACAUCUCCCCCGAUCUCAUACCCUCACAUCCCAAGAAGCCACUACGGUUAGGCCCUGGCCUGCGACAUGUUCCUCCAAACGACGUUGUGCCGACGUUAGCAGGUCAAUUUGUCACGGACAGACCCAAGAACACAAUUAGAGUAGAGAAUUCACAUGGACGGUACGUUCCACGAGUAGGAGAACUCGUCAUUGGCACGAUCCAAAAAAGCGCCGCAGACGUCUACUACGUCCAUUUAUCCGACUACACCGCACCAGUAUUACUACCCCAAUUGUCUUUCGAAUCAGCGACCAAGAAGACCCGUCCAAUUCUGGCACAGGGUGCGUUGGUGUACGCGCGCGUCACCCUCGCAAACAAACAUAUGGAUGCGGAACUGGAAUGUGUCUCGUCGUCGACAGGGAAAUCAGAUGGCCUGGGGCCAUUGGCAGGCGGCAUGUUGUUUGAUGUGUCACUUGGGAUGGCUAGGAGGUUGAUGAUGCCCAAGAGUGCACAAGAAGGCAAAAUUGUGGUGCUGGAAGAGCUCGCUGCCCUGGGACUACAAUUCGACACGGCCACUGGGCGGAAUGGACGAUUCUGGGUGGACAGCGAGAAUACAAAGACUGUUCUUGCCGUGGGACGAGCAGUUCAAGAAACGGACGAGAAGAGAUUAGGAGUAGACGAUCAGAAGAAGUUGGUCCGCAAGAUAAUCAAAGAUUUGAGCUGA